CUUGAAAACUACGUCAGUGGGGUUGUAAGACCGCUUUAGAAUAAAAUCAAGUUCAGGUUUUGGAGCAACAUGACCAUUCCAACGGUUUUUGAAAGCUGUCCUGCUGGCUUUCCUAAAGCAAGCCUGUCUGGUUAUGUUAUGAUAGAUGAGCACAUUUGGCAGCACUGCGCACUUGGACUCCAUUAAACGUCAUAAGAAUGUGGCUGUGAGCUCGAGCGUCUCUGGCCGGGACUCAACUCCUGUGAGGAAGCACGUGAGGAUCCCCACUCCCUCAGCCUCGGUCACAGAUCCUCCUGGCGCGUGGCCACGCAUGGGAUCCGCUAUUUAAACCGGACUCAGCUGACAGCCCCGUUACAAGCCAGAGAGACUCGAAGAAAAGCGAGGAACGGGCCGACGCGCUCCAGGGUGAAACAUCCCGAUAACCGUUUCGUUCGUAGUAAUGGAGUUGGCGCGCAACGCCUCCGCGCUUUCGUCGCAGCAGACCAACCGAAUCGCCUUGCCCGGUGGAAGCGACAGUAACGCGUAUUUGUACAUCCUCAUCGUCGUGUCUUUCUACGGAGUCUUCCUCACCGGGAUCAUGCUCGGUUACCUGCGCACCAAACGGCGCGAGAAGAGGCGCACGAACGCCUUCACGCGGCUUCUGCACGAGGAGGAGCAGCGUGAGUGGGGCGCGAGCCAGAAGAAGCACAGCUUCAGCCUCCCCGCGUUUCCCGCCCUGCGCUCCACGCCGGUGCCGUUCAUGCGGGAACCGGGAACCGGCGGCAUGGUUCUCGCGCCUCUGGCGUGCGCGCUGUGCUCGGUGGAGCAGAGCAGCGUGAGCUCCCUCAGCUCCGUCGCCGAUGUGCGCUUCGCCAUUGAAGAGGAGUCUGACAGCGGCGGACACAGUGACGGACCGUCCCGGGAAAACGCUCUGAGGUUCCCGCUGCAAACCGUUACUAUGCCGUUUACUAUGGCAACCAUAGUUCCCGCCGAAAAGCAAUGAUUAGCCUACCACAGUUAAUGUUACU